GUUUUUCUUUUUAUUUCAUUCGGUCUCGCAGCUGUCUGUGGGUGUUUGAGGUGAUUGAUCAUACCACACAUUCAGCGAUUACGGAAGCAGUACUGGAAGUGUAUAAAUUGGUUCCUUAUUAAAAUAAUUUUAGUCAAUUUGUCGAAGUAGAUUAGCUGCCCGUCGGUCCGUCUCAGUUGGGAACACAACCAAGGCCAAUUCUACUGCACGUGCACGUACCAGUGUAUCAUUUAGCUGAGAACGAAAAAACGAGCGUGAAGUAAUGUCGGAAGUCGCCGCAACACCGGAAAAAGCAACACCAGUCGCGGAGGAGCCCAACAGGAAUGCAGAACCGGACAAGGCACAAGCGGAAGAACUGAAAAAUCGGGCUAACGAGUACUUCAAAAACAAAGACUACGAAAAUGCCGUCAAGCUGUACUCGGAGGCCAUCGAGGUGGACGGAACAAACGCGGUGUACUAUGCGAAUCGCAGCUUCGCCUAUCUACGACAGGAAGCAUUUGGUUAUGCCCUGAACGAUGCCGUCCAAGCGAUCAAGUGCAAUCCGGCCUACCUGAAGGGUUACUACCGGCGGGCAGGAGCGCACAUGGCACUGGGUAAGUUUAAGCUGGCCCUGCAGGACCUGGAGUACGUCGCCAAACGAUGUCCCAACGACAAGGACGCCCAGCUUAAGUACACCGAGUGUAACAAGAUCGUAAAGAAAAUGGCUUUCGAGCGGGCGAUCGCCGUCGAUAAGCAGGAAAAGAGCCUGAUGGAAAUGUGCCGUGAUUUGGAGUCUGCCACUAUCGAAGCGGACUACGGCGGACCAAAAUUGGAGGAUGGCAAAGUCACGCUAGAAUUUAUGAAGCAACUAAUAGAAUGGUAUAAAAACGAGAAAAAAUUGCAUAAAAACUUUGCCUACCGGAUUUUGUGCGAUGUUGAGGCUCUUUUCAAGAAGCAAGCCUCUCUAGUAGACAUAACCGUGUCGGGUGAUUCCAAGUUUACAGUAUGUGGGGAUAUCCAUGGCCAGUACUAUGAUUUGCUCAAUAUUUUCGAAAUUAAUGGUCUACCUUCGGAGACAAACCCGUACCUUUUUAAUGGUGACUUCGUUGAUCGGGGUUCGUUUUCAGUGGAGUGCAUAUUCACCUUGUUUGGAUUCAAGCUGCUCUAUCCGGAUCAUUUCUUUCUGUCACGGGGCAAUCAUGAGAGUGUUAAUAUGAAUCAAAUGUACGGAUUCACCGGUGAAGUGGUAGCAAAAUACUCGCAAACCAUGUCGGAAAUGUUCACGAUUGUCUACAACUGGCUACCGCUAGCACAUUGCAUUAACGGAAAGAUUCUCGUCAUGCACGGUGGCCUGUUCACCAAGGACGGAGUAUCGCUGGACGAUAUCCGGGCCAUCGAUCGCAACAGGCAACCACCGGAAGAGGGGCUAAUGUGCGAAUUACUGUGGUCUGAUCCGCAGCCACAAAAUGGCAGAGCACCUUCAAAGCGCGGCGUCGGUACCCAGUUCGGGCCAGACGUAACGAAACGAUUCCUAGAGUUUAACAAACUUGACUACAUCAUCCGGAGUCACGAAGUCAAAAACGACGGCUAUGAGGUGGCGCAUGACGGCAAAUGUAUUACCGUGUUUUCUGCGCCAAACUAUUGCGACGCAAUGGGCAAUCUGGGGGCGUUCAUUAACCUGAAGGGUAAUGACCUUACACCUCAGUUCAAAACCUACGCUGCUGUGCCCCACCCGAAGGUGAAGCCAAUGGCUUAUGCUAGCACCUUAAGUCUUUUAGCGUAGCAACUUUGUUAGUGUAAAUGACAUCACAGGAACUGCACAUGUGGUGUAUGGUAACCAAAAAAAGAGGGAGGGGCUGGAGACACUAAUUUUUGUUCUACAUUUUUAUUAUUGAUCGCUUGUUUUCGAAAAAAAAUUGGUGUUUAAAUCAUUUUUUGAAAUGCUGUUAUCAUAGCUACGCGAUUUCGUUUUUUUAUCAGUUUGAGCCCAACAUGAACUAAGUUCCGUUAGGGUUUUCUUUUUUUAUAGUGCUGAACUAGAUUGUUAGGUCUGGCGUAACGCGAGAGAUGAAACUGUAGAUACUUAAGUAGAAGAACAAAUGUUCGAAAACCCGUGAACAUAGCAAAACAUACUAGAGUAGUUUUAGUGAAUUUACAUGUACAAUCACAGCCCCCACGUUCACAAUUAAAGAUAAACUCACAACUUAAUUAACAAACAAAAAAAUGCGAUCAACUAUAGAGUAAACAUGUUCGAAUGGUCGAAAUCUAAAUUUUUUUACACCUAGCGCUAUGCAAUUGCGAAAAUAAGCAAAAACAAAAAAACGUAGCCCUUUCCGAAGGCGGCUCUAAAACACUUUUAGGCGAACACACUUAGGGAAAAUAAUAUGUAGUUAAAAUAAAAAAAAAAAACAAUACAAUUCUUAUAUCACAGAAUUUCGGCUGUUUGUGCGCCGGAACGGAAAAAAAAAGGUUUUGUUAUGGUAGACUAGAAUAAUGCAUCUCGCCGAAUGCGGUCAGAGAAAGCGUUCGAAGGUUCGCGACGAAAAAAAGGAUCAAAUUGUUUUAAAUUUUAGGUUGAAGUUAGAUCAUAGCAAUAAAGUAAAACCAAUCUAUACGAA